UCGUCAGCAUUGGAAAGAUUCUCGCGUGUUAGGCGUUUACUUAUGGCUGCUUGAAUGUUGGAACGUCCUCGUGCAUUGUCUCGGUUUCCUCAUAUACGCCUACUUAAUAAGCUAAAUUAUGUUUGUCCAUUUACUGACAAUGGGAGAAUGCAUUUACAUCUUUGAAUUUAAAAACAGACAGUGAUGUGACGUUUCUGUUUCCUUAGUUGUUUGUAGAUAUCUACAAUACUGCUGAUAAUACAAAUUCUUACACAUAUUGUCGAUAUGAUAAAAUACGUUAUUUUCCCGAGAUUGACACGUAAUGACAAACAAAGUAACUUUGAGGUAUCCCAUCGGAAACCAGGAGUUUCCGUAUUUCACGAAAUGGUGCAAUGAAAAAUUCGACUUAACAUUGGCUCCAAUGAACAACAAUCAAGAUGUACCGACGAACUUGCCGGAGCCGAUUCUCUCGCCAGAGUUGCUGGAAGCGGUCAAGGAACUCAAACUCGAUUAUUCAAUCGAUAAUGUUGAUCGCUUAUUUCGAGCACAUGGACACACGUUGCGAGAAAUGUAUCUCCUGAAAUAUAGCUCCUUCGAAAGGAUACCGGAUAUUGUUGUGUGGCCGAAAUGUCACGAAGAGGUCGUCAAGAUUAUCAAUAUGUGCGUACGUUACGGUGCCACCUGCAUACCAUUCGGUGGUGGAACCAGUGUUAGUUGCGCAGCAUGUUGUCCUUCGGAUGAACGGCGUACGAUAAUUUCACUAGACACAUCGCAAAUGAAUCGGAUAUUAUGGACAGACAAAGAAAAUUUGUUAAUAUGUUGCGAAUCCGGUAUUAUCGGCCAGGACCUGGAACGGCAACUUCAUCUUCAAGGAUUCACGUGUGGCCACGAGCCCGAUUCUUAUGAAUUUUCCAGUUUAGGUGGAUGGGUGGCAACCAGAGCAAGCGGCAUGAAAAAGAACACGUACGGUAACAUCGAGGACCUGGUCAUACGAGUGCGAAUGGUCACAGGGAGAACGACGGAUUCCGUAAUUACUUUGGAAAGGAACAGUCUCGUGCCCCGUGCAUCCUGCGGCCCGGAUUUCGAUCAGAUGAUCCUCGGCAGUGAGGGUACCCUGGGUGUCAUCACGGAAGUGGUGCUGAAGAUAAGGCCGUUACCGCGAAUAAGGAAAUACGGCAGCAUCGUGUUCCCGAAUUUCCAGAGCGGCGUUCAAGCGUUACGAGAGGUCGCGAAGGAACGGUGUCAGCCGGCCAGUAUACGCUUAAUGGACAACGAACAGUUCCUAAUGGGGCAGACUUUGCGCCCGGAGCCCAGCUGGGGUGGCCUGAUACUGCAGGGAUUGAAGCACAUAUACAUCACCAGGAUAAAGGGUUUCCAGUGGGAUCAGAUGUGCGUGGCGACGCUACUCAUGGAGGGCAAUGUCGCGGCAGACGUCACGGCUCAAGAGCGGAAAAUCUACAAGAUAGCCGAGAAAUACGGCGGUGUGCCGGCGGGCGAAACGAACGGCGAGCGCGGCUACAGGUUGACGUUCGUGAUAGCGUACAUCCGCGACCUUGGACUCGAGUUUAACGUGUUAGCGGAGUCAUUCGAGACUUCCGUUUCGUGGAAUCGCACGUUAUCGCUGUGCAGGAACGUCAAGUCCCGCGUGGCCAGGGAUUGCCACGCAUACGGCAUCAGUAAAUAUUUAAUCUCGUGUCGCGUUACGCAAACAUAUGACAGUGGCUGUUGCGUGUACUUCUAUAUGGCAAUCAAUUACAAAGGCUUGAAGAACCCAGUCGAGACUUACGAGGCUCUCGAGCAUGCAGCACGCGAGGAAAUACUCGCCAACGGUGGUUCCAUUUCGCAUCAUCACGGAGUAGGCAAGAUACGCGCAUGCUUCUAUCCCGAGGCCGUCGGCGAAGUGGGCGUUUCGCUUUACCGAGCGACCAAAACUCAUUUAGAUCCACAUAACGUGUUCGCGGCGGGCAAUGUGCUGCCGGGAUACAAAUCAAAAUUGUGAAUGUACAAUCGCACGCUGAAUCGAUGGCGCGUGGCGCUUUAAAAAGAGCUCUCCAGAAGUAUUUUGUUGAUACUUUGGUAUCCUUAUUGGUUAUUCGCCAAAGUUACUCGCCGGUGUCCUUAGACCGCUGAGAGGUACUGCAUUGCAACAGCAAAAUAAUGCGACUCUCUGUACUUUACAGUCGGCCGGAGUUAAAAAUCCUCAACUUGUCAUUUAAGAUUAAAUCAAUGAUGUCCAAUGUCUGAAAUAUUGUUACCAAAAAUAAUUCGAUUCGAGCAAGAACUCGAGUCUCCGUUAAGCGUGUGGAUGCACGUAGAUAUCGAGCAUGCAAUUGAUAUUGUUUACUUGAUUCGUCAGAAUGCUAUAUAUAGAAGAGAAAAAGGAAAUGAGACUAGUAUUACAAAUAAUUAUGCACCGUAACGUGUUAUUUGGUACAAAUGCAGAAUUUUAAUUGUAUCGAUAAUUUUAUAAAUUAUUAUAACUACAAAA